GAGGCGACCGUUAAAAGACUCAACGAGGGGAGGCGUUGGGGUGUAUACCCCACUCACCUGGCAGAGGCAGUCGCCGGGGGUCCAGCCGCCCCUCCCAAAUUUAAGCCACGUCAGCUCAGGAAUCCCGUACACGACACCUAGCACCACCGAGAGAGCUCGGCCUAAGGACUUAACCACUCACAGUGGGACGGAAGAUGGGAUAGGACAUGGGCCAAUCAGCGCCAUCGGCAGGCCGUUACCUGGGAGACCAGGCACGCCUUGUUUGUAACUAACCCAUCAAUAACCACAGAAACCAAUCAACGUCAGGAAAUGCACCUCUUCCUCAAAGAAACAGCCAAUGGAUUCUGAAGAAUACGGGAGGCGUGGCAUUAAACAUGACUUCAAACCUGCAUCUAUUGAUACCUCUUGUGAAGGAGACCUUGAAGUUGGAAAAGGUGAACAAGUGACAAUAACACUGCCAAAUAUCGAAGGCUCAACUACACCAGUUACUGUUUUCAAAGGUUCAAAGAAACCUUACUUAAAAGAAUGCAUUUUGAUUAUUAACCAUGAUACUGGAGAAUGUCACCUAGAAAAACUCAGCAGCAACAUCACUGUAAAAAAAACAAGAGUUGAAGGAAGCAGUAAAAUCCAGUGUCGUAUAGAGCAACAGCAAAUGCGGAAUCCAGCCAGAACUCUCAGUUUUGUAAAAUAUUCUCCAUCUGAAGACAAGAUGUCUCCACCAUCUCUGAUGGAUGAUAUUGAAAGAGAACUGAAGGCAGAAGCUAGUCUAAUGGACCAGAUGAGUAGUUGUGAUAGUUCAUCAGAUUCCAAAAGUUCAUCAUCUUCAAGCAGUGAAGAUAGUUCCAGCGACUCAGAAGAUGAAGAGUGUAAACCCUCUCCUUCUAAUGUAGGGAAUUAUGUCUCAGGACAUCCAACCCUUCCUGCUAUGCCACAGUCUAGGAUUCCUGAUAUAAAUACUCAGCAGAACAGAUACCAUGACAGUAGUGACUUCCUGAUGAAUACUUUAAGGAACGAUUUGGAGCUGAGUGACUCAGGAAGUGACAGUGAUGACUGAAGAAACAUUCAACUAUAAAUAAAAUUCACAAGACUUGAUUUUUGUAUACUAAGAAUAAAAUUUAUAAGGUUGAGAAAAAUAUAUUAAUUUUCCAGCUUUACUCAAAAAUAUUUGACAUGCAUCAAUGUAUGGAGGAUGAUAUAUUGAUGUACAUAUAUUGUGAAAUGAUAACCACAAUAUAUUCAACUGAAUCCACCUCACAGACACAAUGAAAAAAGAAGAAAAUCUCUUGUGAUAACUCUUAGUUACUACUCUCUUAACAACCUUUCUGUGUAUACUAUAGCUCUGUUAGCCAGUUACCAUGUUGUAUAUUGUAUCCUUAGUAUUUAUCUUAGAGUUAGAAGUUUGUACCUUUUGAAUACCUUCCUCCAAUUUCAGAACUCUGCUUCCCCUAGCAUCCUAUUCUCUACCUCUGAUAACCACAAGCCUGAUUAUCUUUUUCUAUGACUUUGGAAUAUUUUUAGGUUCCAUGUGUAAUGACAUUAUACUAUUUUUAUCUAUCUUGGAUUGACUUAUUUUACUAAGCAUAAUGUAAUAAAUUAUCUGUAUUGGCACAAAUAA